GCAACGGUCAACCGAAAACCAAGUAGAACAAAGCAUAAAAUUGGUGGUUUUGAAUAGAAAUAUUCGCUUAACUGUUUUCGGAGCUGGAGCACCAAAAUGAAAAUUUUGAAUGUUUUUCUCCUCCAACCUAAUUUCAUUUAAAAGAUCUGAUUUUGUUUCUUAAGUUUUUAUGUGAAGAUAUGUAAAACACUUCGAGAGGUUUUUUUGAAACAUGAAAAAAUUCUUUCCACCACAUAUCCACCACGUAUCUACGCCCUUUUCAAUUUUUAUCCGUUUUUUUUUUUGUUUACAAAUGAAAACAAAAACAUAGGGCUCUGUGUGUGCGUGUUGCGUGCAGCCCAUUUUUGGGCAGCUUUCUCGGGGGAAUGUUCCGGUUUGUUGGUCCAGUGGCGCCUCGGCGGCAGUUGUCGGCUUCCAGAAUUCGCUGUUUGUCCAUUAAAAGCGCAGCAGAGAAAAAGAACCCGGCCAAGUUUAGCGACACCAUUAAUUUGCCGAAAACAAAGUUCCCAACUCGUUUGACCGGCGAGAGGCGUUCGGCUGUCCAAGAGCAUCUGCGAAAGACUUGUUUCGGUGAGUUGUAUCGGUGGCAGCGAAAUGAACUUCCGGCUGAAGGUGAAUUUGUUCUACAUGAUGGUCCUCCAUAUGCCAAUGGGGAACUACACAUGGGACAUGCUGUCAACAAAAUUCUGAAGGAUCUUAUUUUGAAACACAAAAUGGUUUCUGGAAAGAGGGUGCACUAUGUCCCUGGUUGGGAUUGUCAUGGACUUCCCAUUGAGCUGAAGGCAUUAGAAGCGUUCGGGAAAAAGAACAAGGAUAAAAGCGUUAAAUUAGACCCGUUGCAAAUCAGGGAACUCGCAAGGAAAUUUGCGUUGGGUACUAUCGAUCAACAGAAGGCGGAAUUCGAACAGUGGGGUGUUACAGCUGAUUGGGGCCGAAAAGAAUCUUGGUAUAGAACUAUGGAUCCGGGUUAUAUAGUAGCUCAAUUGAAACUGUUCCAAGAACUGUACGAAAAGGGCCUGAUUUAUAGGGACGUCAAACCUGUUUUUUGGUCGCCGUCAUCUCGUUCGGCAUUGGCUGAGGCAGAGUUGGAGUACGACGAAGCGCAUAAAAGUCCUUCCCUUUAUUUGGAACUUACGAUAAGCGGCGCUGAGGGAUGUCCUUCGAUAGACGAUCUGUUAAAAUCCGGUCAAAACGUUUCGGCUGUCAUUUGGACAACAACUCCCUGGACGCUUCCCGCUAAUCAAGCUAUUUGUUACAAUCCAGACCUAAGUUAUAGCUUGGUGAGGGCGGGCGACAGAAGAGAUUUGCUGUUAAUAGGAACGGACUUAAUCAGGUAUCUAAGUGAACAAUUUGAGAAGCCGUUAGAAAAGGUUAUCGAUAUUCCCGGUAUACAACUGGAAACGUUGCUAUACAAGCAUCCUAUCAACAAUAAAGAGCAUCGAUUCUUUCCUGCUACUCAUGUCAAAGCUGAAAAGGGUACAGGAUUAGUACAUACAGCACCGGCUCACGGGCCCGAUGACUUUCUAGUAUUCUUACAUCGUAAACUGCCUGUCGUAUCUUUGUUGAAUGAAGCUGGUUGUUAUAAUGGUGAAAGUCCUGAUUUCCUCAAAGGAAAGUUUGCAUUAACAGAUGGGAAUAGCUUGGUUAUAGAAUAUCUGAAAGAUAAAACAUUAAAAUGUGGGACCAUUGAGCAUUCAUAUCCGAUCGAUUGGCGAACCAAAAAACCAGUCAUGUUGAGAGCAAGUGAUCAAUGGUUUAUUAAUACUAACGAACUGAAAGAAUCCGCCCAGAAAGUCGCAGAACAGAUUAACAUUUUUCCACACACUUCAGCAGAGGUGAGUAAAACCGUUCUUCAAAGUCAGUUGCAGAAGAGACCCUACUGGUGCAUAUCCAGGCAACGUGCUUGGGGUGUUCCUAUUCCGGUGUUGUACGAAAAAGAAACAGGAAAACCAAUCGUGAAUGCCAAAAUUAUAGAAAACGUCUGCAAGAGAUUGGAAAAGGAAGGAAAAAUCGAUUUCUGGUGGACAGACCCCAUAGAUGAACUUAUUCCAGCUAGUGUGCUGACUGAACUCAAUUUUUCUCCAGGACAACUCAUCAAAGGCACAGACAUUCUAGAUAUUUGGUUUGAUUCUGGCGCUUCUUGGUUGAGCGUACUGGGCAAGGCUCGCACGGCCGAUCUUUACCUAGAAGGAUUGGAUCAAUUCACGGGAUGGUUCCAAUCGUCUCUGCUAACUAGCGUAGCUAGCCAAAACCGAGCACCUUACAAAUCCAUUUUUGUGCACGGUUUUGCUGUUGAUGAGAAUGGAAUGAAAAUGUCUAAAUCACUAGGAAACAUCAUCUCUCCCAAGGAUAUCAUCAAGCAGUACGGGUGCGAUACCCUACGCUGGUGGGUAGCGGCUCACGCAAUACAGAACACCUCGAUCCCGGUUAGCCACAAGCUGCUGCAAUCGUCCGCAGAAAAUGUCCAGAAGGUUCGAGCGAUUCUGAAAUAUCUGUUGGGCGUGAUUUCUCCACAACAGCCACAGAAAAUCGACGAGCUAUACCUGCGAACCGUUGAUCGCUACUUUCUUAACGAGUUGACCAAUUUUGAAAAAAUGAUAUUCAAUCAGUUCGAGAGUUAUCAAUACAACAAAGCCUCCGCCAGAAUUCUUACAUUUUGCGUGUCCUCCUUAUCCGGGUUCUAUUUGCACAUCAUCAAAGAUCGCCUCUACUGUGGGACUGAUACCGAAAACCGGAAUCUUCAAGCUAUCCUAGCUCAAUCGUACCAGUCGUUGUGUCGGGUACUUUGGCCAAUCCUUCCAUUUCUGGUUGAGGAAAGCUGGUCUUACUACGCAAAGGAACCCUUCUUCAAAUCUAGUCAUACAACAGAAUGGCAUCCCCAGAACCCUCAGAUCGAUAAGUCUCUCAUUGACGAAGCCUUGGAUCUGAAGAGGCAAAUUUUCCAGCAAAGUCAGCAACUAGACAUGAACAGUUGGCUUCUGCAGGUGCACAUUAACAGCUGUUCGGAACAGUUGAAAAAGCUGCAUCCGACCCUUGGGGCACCGGUGUCCGAUUCUGAGCUGUGCGAGAUUCUUCAGGUUGGUUCCGUUUCAAUUGGCUGCAGUCCGAGUCAGCCCGAGUCGAACGGGAUCAGGCUGAGUAAACUGGGAGAUUGCUUGCAGCUUUGUCCACGCUGCCGAAGAUUUGCAGUUAAAACCAACCAAGCAGAACCCGUUUGUCACCGGUGUGCGGAAGUGCUCAGCACCAAAAGCAACGAAAGGUAGGUGGUUUGUGAUUAUUAACCUGUUAGCUUUGAUUUAAAAUGAUUUUGAAAAAC